UAUCUGGCCGACGGCUGGGAGAGCUGCAAGCGCUGCAACUCUACGAUGAUGUGUCUGCGUGCUGACUGUGUGUGUGUGUGCUCUGCUGCCAUCUGAAUCCUAUAGUGAAAAAUGCAGAGAGGAGCGGAGUCGAUAGCAGCUGAAUGAAUAAUGCAUGGUGCUGGGUUACUAGCACUGCUGUUAGCUUAGCCAGAGCUGGAGGGAACCUGUGGCUGACUCUGUCUCUGACUAUCUGACUGACUGAUAAAAGGAUAACAUGUCCCACUACCAUUUCAUCAAAUGCUGUUGUUUUCAGCUAUGUAACGUGUUUCGUCAGAACAUGGAGAUCGACCAGUGUCUGCUGGAGUCUCUCCCGUUUGGCCAGCGGCAGCGGCUGGUCAGGAGAAUGCGCUGUGACCAAAUAAGGGCGUACUACGAGCGGGAGAACACCCUGCAGAAACCGGGAGGCGGAGUCAAGGUCAAAGCCCCGUCCACCAGCCACAGGAAGAGGCACCGCAUUUGCUUCAGCCUUAAUGAUGUCAUACAGGAUGCCAUCAUACGACACGAUGACAAAGAAGUGCUGUGUCUGCUGAUGGAGGGAGCUGACCCCAACACUCCUAUCUCCUCUGGUGGUUCUCUUCUACACCUGUGUGCUCGUCAUGACAACGUGUUUGCUGCAGAGGUUUUGAUUGAGCGAGGGCUUAACGUCAACCUGCAGGAUGAGGACCUCUGGACAGCCCUGCACGUGGCAUGUGUGUGUGACCACGCCGACAUGGUGCUGCUGCUAUUGCUGGCUGGGGUGAAUGUUCUACUGCAGGAUGUGAACGGGAACAAUCCACUGGACUACACCACCGAGGGAACUGAGACCAGCUACAUCAUCCGAAAACACCUGGAGGAAAACGUUCCAGGUGUAGAUGUGCCGUCCAUGUACACCAUGCGAACGCAGAGGCCCAGCACCAUGUUGUCUGAUGUUAGACAGCUGGUCUCCAGCAGGGGCAGUCUCAACUUACGCAAUGAUGACGGGGUCACUCUGCUCCACAUAGCGUGUGCUAGCGGCUACAGAGAGGUGGUGUCUGUGCUGCUGGAGCACGGGGUGGACCCUCAGCCCUCCGACAACAGCUAUUGGACCCCUCUCCACCUGGCUGCCAAAUAUGGACAGACAAGCAUCGUUAGCCAGCUGCUGAAGCACAGAGCAGAUCCAACUCUCCUAAACUGCAACCAAGACAAGCCCUCCGGCAUAGCAGCAUCCGACCCCAUCAUGAACAUGCUGCUGAGAGCAGAGGAAUGCUGGGUAGAGAGACUGAAGGACCCCUCUGUCCCACCGGCCCCUACAGACAAACGCUACGAUGGAGGCGAACACGACCACACCAUCCCCGUCAAGAAUCUGACCCCCCUGUCCAUGCCCCUCUCUAAGAGGGACAGUCUGUUGGAGAAGUGUGCCAUGUUCAGGGAGUUGGGAGGGGGGCUGAGCAGAUAUCCUUCACAGGACAACGGUCUAGAUGGACCCACAGGACCCUGCAAACUGGAGCAGGUUAAGCUGAUGCCUCCGGCGCCUAAUGAUGACCUGGCAUCUCUCAGUGAGCUCACAGACAGCAGCCUGCUCUACGAGAUGCAGAAACGCUUUGGCAACGACCAGAUAUAUACCUACAUCGGACACAUUCUCCUCCUGGUCAAUCCGAACAAAGACCUCCCUAUCUACUCUACACUGGUGAGUCAGUUGUAUCUGAGUUCUUCAGGGCGUUUGUGCUCCUCUCUGCCUCCUCACAUCUUCUCCUCAGCAGAGAGGGCCUACCACAUGAUGCUGCAGGAGCGACGCCCACAAUGCUUCAUCCUCAGUGGGGAGAGUGGUUCUGGGAAGACGGAGGCCUGUAAACACAUAGUGAGACACCUGGCAGUGAGGUCCAACCCCAAAGGCUUCUCUCUUGAGCCCAGGAUGAAGCACGUGAACUGUAUCCUGGAGGCGUUUGGUCAUGCCAGUACUCCUGUGAAUGACAACUCCAGUCGCUUCAUCAAACUCCUCAGCCUGCAGUACUGUGACAAGAGAAGGACACUACUCAGAGCGAGGAUAUACACAUACAUGCUAGAGAAGUCACGGGUGGUCCACCUGCCUAGUCAGCAACACAACUUCAACAUCUUCUACCUGAUGGCUGAAGGCUUGUCGCCUGAGGAGAAGUGUGCCCUGUACCUCAACAACGUCCUAGCUCACAGGUACCUGACUGCAGGUGUUCCAGCAGUAGAUUCCCCUCCUGUGGCCACUGCCUCAACUCAGAGUAGAGACCGUCUCACUGCAAUCAAACAGGCCCUCAGAGCACUGGGCUUCAAUAAACUGGAAGUGGACAGUGUGUUUAUGCUGCUGUCAGCAGUGCUGCAUGUUGGGGACCUGUGCUUCACAGCCCUGACAGACGCUGAGAUAGCCUACCCCUCUGACCUGCAGCUGCUGGAGCGAGUGUCUGGAAUGCUACAGGUGUGUACUGAUGACCUGAGUACUGCCCUCACCUCUGAUGUGCAGUACUUCAAAGGUGAUGUCAUCACACGCCGCCACACGGUGGAGAUGUCAGAGAACUCCAGAGACCAGUUGGCUAAGGCCGUGUACGGCCGUCUCUUCAGCUUCCUAGUCAACAACAGUAACUACUACCUACAGGGACAGGACCACAGCACGGGAGAUCCGGUACUUGAGAUUGGAAUCCUGGACAUCUUUGGAUUUGAGGAAUUCCAGAGUAAUGGAUUUGAGCAGCUGUGUGUGAACAUGACCAACGAGCGUGUGAGGCUGUACGUCUCAGAGGUGCUGUUCCAUGAGGAGCAGGCCGAGUGUCUACAAGAGGCCAUCGCCAUGGAGACGCUCCGGUCGCCCAGCAACCAACCUGCUGUUCUAGACUUCUUCCUGAAGCCUCAGGGUCUGCUGUCUGUGAUGGAUGAGGAGAGCCAGUCGCUGAGACCUACAGAACAGACCCUCUACAAGAGACUGCAGUCACACCUCGACAACACACCCACACAUGGUAUCUCCUUGACAACCAAGGACGGCAACGGCAACCCCCCGCCCAUAGACCAGGGUCCUGCCUUCACUGUGAAACACUACACAGGCCAAAUGGCCUAUGACCUCACAGGAACACUGGUGAAGAACAAGGACUCCCUCCCCCAAAACCUGCUUCUUGUUCUGAAGUCCAGUGAGAGUGUGUUGGUGCAGCAGUUGUUCAAGUCCAAGCUGACCCAGACUGGGUCUCUGGUACCGGGCCAGGCCAGAAUGGCUCUGAGAGGGACCAAAGCAGCCCUGCUCCUUCACAGGAUGUCAUCCCCCUCCAGCCUCUCCCCCGCAGGCCACGAGCCCCGGAGGUACCUGGACCUCACCAAGCUCUUGAAGAAGAAGGGAGCGACCUCUUUCCUGCAGAGGCUGGAGAGGUGUGGUCCAGUUACGGUCGCUGUGCAGCUGAGGAACUCUCUGUCAGAGGUGGUCAGUAAGCUACAGGCGUGCACCCCUCACUUUGUGGAGUGUGUACGUCCCAACAGCAGUGACAUGGCGGACAGCUUUGACAGUUGCCACGUGUCUACCCAGCUGCAGUACGUCGGGGUGCUGGAGAUGGUCCGGAUGAUCCGCUAUGGCUACCCUGUACGCCUGCCCUUCAACAGCUUCCUCACCAGGUACAGAGACCUAGUGGACACCACUCUAGCUGACAAGAAGAAGCUUUCAUCAGAGGAGAAAUGUUGCUUUGUUCUGCAGCAGUGCAAACUCCAAGGAUGGCAGAUGAGCAGCAGUAAGGUAUUUCUGAGGUACUGGCAAGCUGACCAGCUCAAUGACCGCUGCCACCAACUACACAGGAAGAUCAUCAUCUGCCAGAAAGUGAUACGUGGCUGGCUGGCUAGGCAGCGUGUGCGCCAUAGACUGUCGUCCCAGCCGACUGAGGACUGCAGUAUCCAGAGGUUCCUCCAGGGAGCAGAAGACCAGGGCCUGUGCACCUACGACCACCUGGUCAUCCAGAACGCCUCUGACAUCGCCCGCGAGAGCAACCACCAGCGCUGCCAUGGCAACGGGUCACACAGCAACAGUCCGCCCCUCGGUGAGAGGCCCGAGCCAGUUGGCGAAGAGGAGGACACCCCCAAAAGGGUUGUGGAGAAGAGGAGAAACCAAGACGGUUCUGUCAAUGGGGGGAGCCGGAAUAUCCGCCACUUCCGCUCCAGCUCAGUGCCCAUCCCCCUGGCUAUAGAGAACUUGGUACAUUCCAGCCAUGGCCCAUCCAUCAGACCGGGCCUUCAACAGGCGGCCCAUACCACUGAGGAUGGGGGAGGCCUGGCAUCACCACGGAAACAGCCUCCCCCUAAACCCAAGCGGGACCCCAGCACUCGUCUGAGUGCUUCCUACGAGGCGGUCAGUGCCGGACUGACCCUGGGACCCCCGAGAGAGAGCCCCACUCCUGAGGGCUAUGGGUCCCCUGCAGGGAGCCCCCCCAAAACACAGCUGUCACCUACGGAUGCUCUGUCCAAGCCGCGACCCCACAGUGAUGACUACACAACCAUGAGGAAGGUGCCUCCUCCCAAGCCCAAGAGGAACCCCAACACCAAGCUCACUGGCUCCUAUGAAGAGAUCAACGCUGCCGGCUUUAACCUCCUCCAGCUCCGCCCCGCUGAUGUCAAACUGGCCCUGCUGUCCCGCACUGGAGGGCUAGGGGGUAUGGGGUGUCUGAGAGGGCUGAUACAGCGUGCAGCGUCUGUGGAUGGCCCACAGGGGGCGACACUGAGCCUGCACCAUAACCAGGAUGAGGAGGAUGUGUACAUAGAGAUGGUGGGGGCUCAGGGCAGGAGUUACAGUCGGGGAGGGAGUUACCAGGACCCCCCCGACAGCACCGAGCAGGGAGACACCGAGGCCGUCUACGAGGAAAUGAAAUACUUCCUGCCCGAGGAGGCGGGACUUCCUGUGGGAGGGGCAGUUGCUGCGGCGAAGGCAGCUGGGAAGCUGGAGGCGUUAGGGUUGAUGUUAGGGGGGUUAGGGUUGGGAUUGUCUCCCUCUCAGAGUGGAGAGGGGACGAGGGCAGGGCUGGGGGGUGUAUCUACUACCAUGGAGGCCCAAACAUCUGCCGCCGGAGGAAACAGCAAGCCCCCUCAUAGUAAAGAAGGAGGGUGUGACAUCCCUGCACCAUUCCCCAACCUGCUCACCCACCGCCCCCCUCUCCUGGUGUUCCCCCCCUCCCCUGUCACCUGUUCCCCUGCGUCUGACGAGUCGCCCCUCACCCCUCUGGAGGUGAAGAAGCUGCCUGUGUUUGAGUCCAACCUGAACUACGCCGGCCCAGACAGCCCCCUCUCACCUCAGUACUACCGCCAACGCGCUGACUCCUCCCCCUCUCUUUCCGUCCUCCUCCCAGACAAGCCCAAUCCUCCCCUCACCCCUCCGCCUCCCCCUCCUCCCGCCAAUACCCUGCCUCCCCCUAUCGCCCCCUCCCACUUUCCCUUCCCCCCAGAGUCCAGCAUACUCUCCCUUACCCGGGCUGCUUCUAUCACAGGUGGGGGCGGCUUGGACUCUCCCAAGCCCUCCUACGCUUCCUCGUCUCAUAGGGCUGCGGGGGACAAGCCCCCUCCCUACUCUCCGGCCAAGUCCACCCGCCCAGAGCCGCGCCGUGCCCACUCCUGCUCAUCCUCACCCCUGCUGUUCAACCCAGCCAAUGGGAGACCCCUGACCAGCCCUCAGCCAGCUCUGGAUGAGCUCAACACCCUGUUCAGCUCUGGACGCAGCCUGCUCAAGAAGACCACUACAGGACGCAAGAUGAGGGAGGGAGGGUUCAACUCCAACAUCAACCUGCCAGGGAGAGAUGAGCACCCAGGCUCCACCCCCUCCUCCCCGUCUCCACAGCUACAGGACAAGAAUGCCAACAACCACGCCCCCCACUCCCCAAGCCACACCCCCGUAGAGAAUGGCAACCGGCUGUCUAAUGGUUCAAUGGAAGAUGAGGGUCACAUCAAGUCAAACUCCUCCAGCUCAUCGUCUCUGCACAGACAUAUGGACAGACAUCACACCCAGAGGGGUCAUCUCAACUUCUCACCCUUCGGUGCAGGGGCUGCGCUCUAAGGCAGAGAGGUGCUGGGAGCACCCCUCACGUUUAGGGCCGAGGU